UGCGGGUCUGAUUCUGCGGCGGGGGGUUGAAGGCUGCGGGCAGAUGGCGGAGGAGGCCCCCGGCGGGGCCCGCCGCGGCGCGGAGGAGCUGGAGGCGGCGGAGCGGGGCCCGGGCGCGGCUUAUCACAUGUUUGCGAUGAUGGAGGAUCUGCUGGAGAAGCUGAAGCUGCUGAACUAUGAGGAGGAGGCGCUGCGGCGCCACCACCUGCGGCCCCUGUCCAGGCACUACUUUGCAUUGCCCACUAAUCCCGGCGAGCAGUUCUACAUGUUUUGCACGCUUGCUGCUUGGCUGAUUACUAAAGCAGGACAUCCCUUUGAACAGCCGCAAGAAUAUGAUGACCCCAAUGCAACAAUAUCAAACAUACUCUCAGAGUUGCGAUCAUUUGGGAGGUCCGUGGAUUUUCCUCCUUCAAAGUUAAAGGCAGGUUAUGGAGAGCAAGCAUGUUAUGUUCUUGAUUGUUUAGCUGAAGAAGCCUUGAAACAUACUGACUUUAGCUGGAAAAGACCAGCAUACCCAACAGAGGAGCUAGAAGAAGAAGCAAUAACAGAAGAUGAUGCAGAAUUGACACUUAAUAAACUGGAGGAAGAAAUUGAGGAAGAAGAGACAGACAAUGAAGAGAACUUUAUUGAUCUGAAUGUUCUAAAGGCACAAACCUAUAGAUCAGAUAUGAAUGAAUCCACAAAACAAGAAGAGAUUUUAGAGUCCACAACAGAUGCAGCAGAGUGGAACCUGGAAGUGGAACGUGUUCUUCCACAACUGAAAGUUACAAUCAGAACGGACAAUAAGGAUUGGAGAAUCCACGUAGAUCAAAUGCAUCAGCACAAAGAUGGAAUCGAAUCUGCUUUAAAAGAGACUAGGGGUUACCUUGACAAACUUCAUAAUGAAAUCAGUAGGACCCUCGAAAAGGUGAACAGUCGGGAAAAGUACCUCAACAAUCAGUUGGAGCAUUUGGUUCAGGAAUAUCGUACAGCACAAGCCCAGCUGAGUGAGGCCAAAGAGAAAUACCAGCAGGGAAGUGGAGGAGUAACGGAAAGGACUAGAACUCUUUCUGAGAUUACUGAAGUGUUAGAAAAAGUAAAGCAGGAAAUGGAAGAGAAGGGAAGCAGUAUGACCGAUGGAGCUCCUUUAGUAAAAAUUAAGCAGGCCUUAACCAAACUGAAGCAGGAAACAGUUCAGAUGGACAUAAGGAUUGGUGUAGUGGAACACACGUUACUCCAGUCGAAGCUGAAGGAGAAAUCAAAUAUGACUAGAGAUAUGCAUGCAACUAUGAUUCCUGAAACUACAAUAGGUGCCUAUUAAAGUUGCUUGGAAUUUACUUGUACUUCAGACAAAUUUUUUUUUAUAACUUGUUUUUUUACAAUAUGCUUGUCAUGCAUUUUAGGGUGCUGCAGAUGUGUACAUAGCACUUUAGGCUCUAUAAAUGGAGCCCUGCUGAAUUUUGUGACUUAAAGGCUUUCAAACUUAUUGCAAGUCUUUUUAUAAAUACAUUAAUAAAUUCUCAUUAACUAA